UACUCAACCAUCCAUGUCAAUCCAAAGCCUAGGCUUGUGGCUUUAACACUCCCCUCUCUCUCUCUCUCUCUCUCUCUCUCUCUCUCUCUCUCUCUCUCCUAGGGUUUGGCCAUGGGAAACCAAGAGGAGAUGUUGGUGAAGAAGAUCACAGAGAUCUACGAGAGCAUCUCUAAGCUCCCCGACCUAAGCCCCUCCGAAGAAGUGAACGCCCUGUUCACGGAGCUCGUCCUCGCCUGCAUCCCCGCGAGCCCCAUCGACGUCUCCAAACUCAGCAACAAUGGCGAGCAGGAGAUGAGAUCCAACCUCAUCCGCCUCUGCGGCGAGGCCGAGGGGCUUUUGGAAAGCCACUACUCAGAUCUCUUAGCCUCUAAUUAUGAGAACCCACUCGAGCAUUUCGAGCUGUUUCCUUACUACUCCAAUUAUCUCAAGCUGAGCCAUCUGGAGUACAGCUUGUUGGCCCGGCACGUCCCUGGGGCUCCGGCGGCCGCGCGGGUGGCGUUCGUCGGAUCCGGCCCGCUGCCGCUGAGCUCGAUCGUCCUCGCUUCCCGCCACAUGCGGGCCGCCAGGUUCUACAACUACGACCUCUCCGCCACGGCCAACGCGCAGGCGCGCCGGCUGGUGAGGGCCGACGCCGACGUCGGCCCGCGCAUGGCGUUCCGCACCGUCGACGUCAUGAAUGCGACCCGUGAGGAGAUCGCAAAGUACGAGGUGGUGUUCCUGGCAGCGCUAGUGGGGAUCGGACGGGAGGAGAAGGUGAGGGUGGUGGCACACCUGGCAGCGAGCAUGGCACCUGGGGCGGCGCUCGUGGUGCGGAGCGCGCAGGGCGCGCGGGGAUUCCUCUACCCGGUGGUCGAGAUGGAGGACCUCGAGGGGUUCGAGGUGUUGGCGGUGCACCACCCCGACGAUGAGGUGAUAAACUCCGUGAUCAUUGCGAGGAAACCUCCUGCAACCGCCGGCGGAGGUGUCGCCCUGCAACCCCUCGGCCACAGCCACGGCGCGGUGGUGAGGCCGUGCAAGUGCUGUGACAUGCAAGCGAUGAAUCAUUUGACUAUAGAGGAGGUGGCUCUUGAGGAGCUCCCUUCCUAAGAUACAUGAUUUGAUCUCUCUAACAGAUUUUGGUGGGCUGUGCUAAAAUUCGUGGUGUUAGGAUGGAUCCAAGGAGUGUGAAGAAAAUAAGUGGCAUUUGUUUCCACAAUAAUAGCCCAUAGAGGCAAGUUUCUUUUCUUUUAUGUAAUGAGAUGUGUUAUAAUUAAUGUAUGUUUGAGACUUCUAAGGUUUCAUCUGAAUGAGUUGGUGCUAAUUACGGCAAGUGUUAUUGAAAAUGUCGUAUGUUGAGCCAACAAGUGUAAACGUGUCUUAAUUUUUCAACUAAGAAAAUGUUUGGUGAACUAAUGAACACGGGAAUUUGAUCGUGUUUUUCUACCA